UGAUCAAGUGCAAAGACCGCAAGUGUGGAUAUUCAGACAAGGAUCUUGGUAUGGACAGUAAAAGAUCUUGGUCAGCAUCUGCAACGCCAUUACAGGAGACCAAUGAUGUCAUCAGCUUCGCGCAGCGUUGCUGUUUAUGCUUUCGUGGAAACAACGCGACUAUAUUCAUUGAUUGAGGUGAAAAAAUCUCGUCAUGCAUAAUUUGGUUUAUUUGCCCCAAAUGCGUGGAAAAUAAAGGCGAAGCUGCUGUGUGUGAUAUUAUCUUACACUGGUGUAAAACGGCACUUAAAAGAGACGAGCUGGCGCAGGUAGCAGGUUGCCAGUGGACUAUGAGAGACAGCGGUGGAAGCCUGGCCCAGAACCACUGGCAAGGUGAACUCUCCUUGAUUGUGAGCCAGGAAGCCAGCAGUGUUGGGGGAAUGGGAGGUGUUCUAAUGGACCCAAACUCCCCUCCGAAUGCUACCAGCCCCAUUCACCUCAAACUAGGUCACAAGGAACAAGUCUGGACUGGAGAGUACAUAGAACCGGUAGAGGUUGAUGAAGAAGCUGGUUUUGAUGAGGAUGACGAAGAUAUGGAAGAAGAACAAGAUGAGGAAGACAUCAAUUCAGAAUGUGCUCCAUGGGAGGAGAAAGAUGAAGUGGAAGACUGGCAAAUGCCAUUUGAAUCACAACCGCAAACCAUGCUCGCUAAUAAUUAUCGGAAGCAGGAAUCCUUGUGUGAAGGUGAGGCCAGAUUCCAAGCCAGAGACUUUGUUGAGAAUCCCUUCCGGAUUCGGCUUCAUGGACUUAGACAGCAAAGGCUGAAGCGAUGGCGAAGACUACGGUCUAGUGCAAGGUUACACAACCAGCUUGUGCAGAAUUGGAAAACGUGGAGACAACGGGCCCAGUGGGUCAACACCUUAGGGUAUCGACGGGCAAGGAGGUGCCGCCAAUAUAGCCUUUGUGCCAGCAAGAGACGGGAUGAGCAGGGAUGUGACACCACGGGUUCAUCACAAACAGAAACCAAUUUCUCUGGUUUCAAUGGUUAUCGUGGGGAUUCUCAGUCAAAUUCAACAGUCAGUGGUGGUCAGGAAUAUCUUUCUGUGCCCCUGAAGCCCACCGCUCAAAGGAUGGAGAUGACUCUUACAGAGGAGCACAGGUCUUAUGUCCAAGGUCUUCUUGACGAGUACCUUCAAAAGUAUGGAAGUCUGAUUCCUGUACAUUCAGAUGACAUUGUUGAGGAAUUGCAGGGCAUUUUCAGCGAGGACUUCUCUCAGCCUCACAGGAAAGUCAUGGUGCAACAUUUAAUUCAGUCCUAUCAGAGAUCAUCAGGGACUGCCAUGGUGAAAGGGUUCCGGGUGAAUUACAAGCGUCAUGUUCUCACAAUGGAUGAUCUCAGCACCCUCUAUGGACAGAAUUGGCUCAAUGACCAGGUCAUGAACAUGUAUGGAGACCUUGUGAUGGAUUCAGUGCCUGAAAAGGUGCACUUCUUUAACAGUUUCUUUUAUGACAAGUUGAGGACCAAAGGUUAUGAUGGAGUGAAACGGUGGACAAAGAAUGUGGACAUCUUCCAGAAGGAUCUGUUGUUGAUUCCCAUUCAUUUAGAAGUGCACUGGUCACUGGUCUCGGUUGAUAUUAAACAACGCUCCAUCACGUACUUCGAUUCUCAGCGAACCCUUAAUCGCCGCUGCCCCAAACAUAUUUUUAAAUACCUUCAGGCAGAAGCCAUAAUAAAAGAGAAGAGAGAAUUUCUCACAGGGUGGAAAGGUUUAUUUAAAAUGAAUGUUGGCAGACAGAAUAAUGACAGUGACUGUGGUGCAUUUGUCCUGCAGUAUUGCAAAUGUCUUGCAUUGCGUCAGCCCUUCAGCUUCAGUCAACAGGACAUGCCCAAACUGAGGAGACUUAUGUACAAAGAACUGUGUUAUUGCAAGCUCUUACUGUGAUAUUUGUGUAAAGACUGCACAGCCAUUUUACCUGAGAGACUUCACACUGAGGAUAUUUCAUCCUCACUUUCUAUUUUAUUUUUUUGUAUAACUUUUUUGUUUGGUUUCGUACUGGAGCCCAACAUAUUGUCUGAGAAAUAUGAAGUGGUUUAUGGUGGACAGCCUGUCUUGCCCUUGUGACAUACUGCCUAAAAGGAAAACUGUUUCAGAUUUUGCUUUUGUUCUGUGCAUAAAGAUGUAGCUGUUCCGAAAUGUUGGCAUGAGGGUAUCUGUUCCCGGAUGCAAGUGACAAAUCAUGUCUGCAGUUUUGUUUUUAAUAAAUCAUCUUAUGAAAAUAAUGAUCUGUGUGUUCAUCAGAACACUUAAAUUAUAUUAUUCUGUCAGUCACAUUGCAAUUAAUGAUGACAUGAUAUUUUGAAAUGGCCGGGAUUUCUAAUGAAGUGCUACUGAAUCAAUGUCUCAGGCUGAAGUAUUCUCAGGUUAAGCUGUUUUCGCCCUUAUUCAGACUGGAAAUAAUACCAGUUAGCUGA